AUGAAAGCAAUAUUUCUUUUCUCGACAUUAUUGGUUGUUGCUCACCACCAGGUAUGGGAAUGUUUUGCGAAGCAUUACGAGACGCACGAUGUGGAAGGUGACACGUCACUUACAAAUAAGCCAUAUGAUGACAGCGACCGAAAUGAAAACUCUACAGUACUAGAAAGCAAAACCCGAGGGGCCCCUUUGUAUCGUUCGAAACAUACUUCACGUAAAGGCAGGAAAUCUUCCUCUAAAUUCCCAGAGAGCACAGUAAACAGAACGCUAUCAUUGGAUGAUGGUAGGCAUGUUUUGUACAAGAAUCACUCUAAGAGCAAUGGUAAGAAAUCGCCAAGUAGCAAUGGUAGGGCAGAUGAAAAAAAAGUUUUUAGGGUCAAGAAAACCGUGGAGAUAUUGAUUGAUGCACCAACUAGGCGCGGAAAGAGGAGUGCAGAUGCCGUUGGAAAGCUCAGUAAGAAAAGUGAUGGAGUGGAAGUACCCGACACUUCGAGAUCAGAUGUUGAAGUUACAUCUGGGGUUCCAACUAAUGUAACAAUGGAAAAGAGCCCGGUGCAUUCUGAUGAAGUUGUUACUAAGAGCACAUAUCCAGAAACCGGAGUGGAUAAUGGUACGGUCGAUCAUCGCUUGCCAGAAGAUACCACGCGCAUUGAAGAAGGUAAGCCCGAUAUGACUAGAGAAAGCACCGAUGACGAUAUUUCCUCUAAUGGCGCUAAGGAGAUGGAUUAUGCUGACACACCAAAUAAGAAAUCCGAGCUCACAUUAGAAGACCCAGGUACUGAUAGCUCUGCAACGUUUGAGUCGCCCAGUUUGCAUACAAAAGAUGGAGAUGAUUCACUAAAGGGAUUCGAUAGGUCUCCUCUAGAAUCGCCCAGCGAUACUAAUGUAUCGAUUGCCCCGGGAAUGGUUGUGCCUCACCACAGAAGCUCUCAUCCACUGCACACUAGAGAUGAUGUAAGGGGUGACGACGGCGAUGACAGGCCAACUACACCUGCGGAGUACGACGAGCCGCGUGUAAGGAAUGAUCAUGGACACGGUGAAUUUAAUGAACCAUCUAAUCAUCGUGCACAUGCACGGCCCGAACAUGAUACCUAUAAGCGUAGCGUUCAUAAAGGAGAGGUUGAAGCACACCACGGCAAACGCGGCACAAAGAAAUACUACAAUGAAUUGGGCGACGAAUAUGUGGCUGACCGUCGCACCGAAUUCGAAGAGAAAUCAGAUAGACGCAUGAAGACGGCGCAUCGUGAUUUAACGGGCGAUGCAAUUGCAGAUGUAACGGAUAGAACUGGCGAGCCCGAUUCAACGUAUGUGGAUGUGGCAGCAGAUGAAGUUAAGGACGAUGAUUCUAAUACAGGGAUGACCAAUGAAGAUUCGGGUUUUCCGUUUUACCCGCAGAUGAUAGAGAAAGAGGCCAUCAUAGAUGAUACAGAUAAAAGUGCCGAUUUUGAUGAGGAUACGAUGUCCAAUGAAGAUGAUUCUGGUGAUACAGAAACGGAUGACAGUACGGAAAUGAACAGCGGCAUAUCGACUCCAGCAUCUGAAACGGUUGACGACAACGAAUCAACCGAAGUAUCUGAUGGCAGCUCUCUGAGGGGUCUCCGCUCUAAGGGUCGUAAGGGGUCUAAGAAAAAUACAAAACUCGAAACAUCCAAGAUGUCUAAGAAAAGCAAAAAGAAGGCUGUUAACAAACGCAAAAGUGCGGAUAAGAAGGCCAAGAGAAAUAAGCGAUUAGAGAGAAAGAGGAUGACCCGGGCAGCAAGGAAACGAUCAAAGAAAGAUGCCAAGCAGGCCAAAAUAGCGGCGAAGAAGUCCCUCAAAGAGGCUAAAAAGGAGGCCAAAGAUGCGAUUAAAAAGGAAAGUAAGAUGCCGGAAGGUGUAAACCUAAUAUUGCCUGUGUCUGAAACACCCGCUCCUAAAAGCAUGACAAACUCUUCCAAUGAUGACAUAACCGGUAAAGAUGAGAAAAGUUCAUGGACUCCCGUAAACUCUCUCGGGGCAGGGGCAGAAAAAGCAGAUAGCGCUGAGGGAGACAGUGAGGUUGCCGGCAAAGGGCCAGGUGACUGCGCAACAUCAGACGACGCAGUAGCCCCCAAGGAUUCCAGUGCGACGUCUAUUUCAAGUGUUGAUGGAAAGACAGUAGGUGUAGACGAUACCGCAGAAGGCACUAUGGCAGAGAAGGACAGUACACCCGCUGUUGAAGAUUCCAAUGUAGAUGAAGGGGACGAAGCUCACACUAAUGACAGUGAGGAAGCUCUUGGUGACGAAACAGCAGCCGAGGAAACUGCCGAAGAUAACGGCGUAGAGAUUACGCAUCUAUAA